GCCGCGGUGCCGCCGUGCCCGGGGAUGGUGGCGGCGCCCGGGAGCGCGCUGCUGGCCGCGCUGCUCGCCGUCGGGCUGGCCGCCGCGGGCAGCUCGAGAGCUCAUGGGCAGCUGAGGGCUGUGGGCCGGCCUGGGGUGUGUCGCUACGGCUCCAGGUGGGAUUGCUGUCCUGGCUGGAGAAAGAACAACAAGGGCCACUGUGAAGCUACCUGUGGACAUGGUUGCAAGUAUGGCGAGUGCGUGGGACCAAACAAAUGCAAGUGUUUCCCUGGAUUUACAGGGAAAACCUGUAAUCAAGAUGUGAAUGAAUGUGGGCUGAAGCCACGUCCCUGUGCGCACAGAUGUAUGAACACACACGGCAGCUACAAGUGCUAUUGCCUCAACGGGUACAUGCUGAUGCCAGAUGGCACAUGUGCAAGUUCUAGGACAUGUGACAUGGUGAAUUGCCAAUAUGGAUGUGAAGAAGUCAAAGGCCAGGUGCAGUGUCUCUGUCCAUCAGGUGGCCUUCAGCUGGGACCAAAUGGAAGGACAUGCAUUGACAUUGAUGAAUGCUCCACAGGCAAGGCUGUCUGCUCGUACAACCGCAGAUGUGUCAACACAUUUGGGAGCUUCUACUGCAAGUGCCAGCAGGGAUAUGAGCUGAAAUACACCGGUGGCCGCUACAGCUGUGCAGAUGUAAAUGAAUGUGUGACAAAUACACACAGGUGCAACCUCCAUGCAGAGUGCCUCAACACCCAGGGCUCCUUCCAGUGCAAAUGCAAGCAGGGCUACCAAGGAAGUGGAUUUGACUGUGCUGUUAUCCCUGAAAAGUCAGUGAAGGAAAUUGCAAGAAGCCCUGGAACAGCUAAGGACACAAUUAAGAAACUUCUUGCACAAAAACACAGUGUGAAAAAGCAUGAAACAAUCGAGAAUGCAAUCCCAGAAGCAGCUGUGACCCCACCUUCUGAGACCCACUUGCAGUUGCUGGACUAUGAAGGUGCUGUUGAUCUUGGUGGGAGCUACAGUGAGGAAGAGAAAGAAAUUGCAGCUGCUGCAGAAGAGGAGGCUGAAGAGUCAGAUGAAGAGGAGAAGGAAGAUUUUGAAAAUCAAAUUGAUGAGCGAAGCCUUAGAGGGGAUGUCUUUUUUGACUGCAGCUUCAGUCGAGGAGUUUGUGACUGGAAACAAGAUGCUGAUGAUGACUUUGACUGGAAUCCUGCUGAUCGAGAUAGAGGUGAUGGCUACUACAUGGCAGUUCCAGCCUUUGUGGGGCACAAGAAUGAUAUGGGGCGUUUAAAACUUCUCCUCACUGACCUCAAACCAAAGAGCAGCUACUGCCUGAUUUUCAGUUAUCGGCUUGCUGGUGAGAAGGUGGGAAAGCUAAGAGUGUUCCUGGCAAACAAAAAAACUGCUCCUGUCUGGGAAGAGAACAAAGGAAAAGAUGAAAAGUGGAGAACUGGAAAAAUAGAGAUAUUUCAGGGGGCUGAAACAACCAACAGUGUCACUUUUGAAUCAGAACGUGGGAAGGGUAAAACUGGAGAAAUUGGAGUGGACAAUGUUAUACUAAUUUCUGGUCCAUGCCCAGAAGAUGCCUGA